UGCUCCUAGUAGCGAGGCCAGGAGCCCCUAGUAGCUUCUUUGCUCCUAGUAGUAAGGCCAAGAUUCUGCGCAUGUGACUUCUCUCUCAUGGCAUGGCUGUAUCAGGGUUGAGAUUAAAGGGCUCAUGCUGGGAUGCUUGUGUAGUUUUGCCUGCGGCUUUGUUUUGUCCUCGGAAUCCGUUGUGUAUCUUCCAUGACCCUUUGCCACAAGUCUGACUUCAAGUUGAGUGAACCUAAGGUGUGGUAACUGCUCUCUAUGUUCGUGGACAAGAGCUCCGCAGACAAGGACACGUCGAGGCUGCAAUUGCGGAUUGGCAAAUGGCUUUGCAAUUUCUCGGUAAGGAGUUAGGACUGGAUUUUCUGGAGUCCACCGAGUGGCCGCUCCGCUCUGCGCAGAUCCUCUUUGCUUUGGCUGAGGCGAAAGCCAUCGUGCAAAGCUGGCCCGAGAUACCUAUGAGGGAGAGAUGGAACGCCGUUGACCCGUUCAGCAUUUUGGUCGACCCGUUUUGGUCCAACUGCGUUCAGGUCAACCCUGCUCAAAAGCUCAAGGAGAGGAAGCCAAAUGUGGUCCUUUAUGGCUACCACCCUGUCCUCGUGGAGCCGGUCUCCGCUCUUUCGGAGGUGCUUCAACUGCAUUGGUUUGGUGUUAGCGAUCGAGACUGUGCAUUCUUCAAGAUGUGCAACAAGAAGAGUACCGAGAAGCCAGUGCCUGCAAGACUGAGAUUCAAGAUCUACGAGUCAGACGUCGACCUGAACGAAGUGGAAGAUGCAUAUCGGAUCUUUUGGGAAGCUGAAAUGAGAUUAGGAUUGCGAGCAGAUUUGAUCAUAUGCAUGGAGCUUCGUGACGCAUUUUUCCUCUGGAAGAUCACUGAGGUGGCAAUGAUCUACUAUCCUGCCAUCAUUUUCAUGCAGGAUGAGGCUAUGAACGACUACAGUGCCGACGUACUCAUUCAGCAGUUCGAGGAGCUCCGGAGUCAAGACGUGCUCCGGUUUGGAGGAUUGCAAACAGGAACCGUUGCGAUGGUGGCCCAGUCACCGUAUUUGGCAGCGAGUCUGGAGUACCACACCGGGCAGAAGUUGCCCUCUGUGCGACCCUUGGCACGCUAUGUGGAGGUGAAAUACCAGCCGAACAGCUCCAGCAUCCUGGUCCUUUGUGCCCGGACCCGGCUGAUGAUGUCCCACAGCUGCCGUGGGUUGUUUCGUGAGGGGCAGCGAAUGGUGCCACGAGGCACCUUGCAGGUGCGCUUGCCACCGGGUGACCAAGAUGUGGUUCACGGCUUCACAUUCGAGGAGGUCUCGCAUUUUCGUGCGACUGUGUUGAUCCCAUGGAACAUUGCCGUCACGACCUUCUACGAGCUUUAUGCUAUGAACAUGCCCCUCUUCGUGCCCGACGCCCUGUGGCUGGCUAGACUCUGGCCAAAGCAGAUGACGAGCUAUGGUAGGAGCCAUCCCAAUUUGCAUCAACGGUUUCGACCAAACAACGAGCACCCGACUCCAUAUCCUUCGUUGGAUUCCUUAGAAGAUGACUUCCAAACCAUGCUGUAUUGGGCACGUCGUUAUGCCUUUCUGGAGAUGCCGGGCGUCCAGAGCUUCACCUCCAUACCUCAGCUUCUGUUGAAGAUGACAGAUGUUGACUUCCAGAGCAUCUCAGAGAAGAUGACAGAGGAGACCCACAAAGCCUCUCAAGAGGUCAUCCCUUUCUGGGCUGCCUUGAUCAAUGAACUCGUGGCCAAAUAG